ACCAACCCUUGCACUAGCACACGUCAAUAUUUCAAUCUUUCCCCAGGAGAGAAUGAGUACAGUGAAACUUGAACGAAAGCCAGUCUGCCACGUCAUGGCUCUGCCCUAUCCCGGCAGAGGCCAUAUCAAUCCCAUGAUGAAUUUCUGCAAAUUACUAUCUUCAAAAAAACCCGACAUUCUCAUCACCUUCGUCAUCACCGAAGAGUGGCAAGGAUUCAUCGGCUCCGACGCGAAACCGGACAACAUCCGAUUCUCCACGCUACCAAACGUGAUACCCUCGGAGCUCGUUCGAGCAACCAACUUUCCGGGAUUUGUGGAAGCUGUGAACACCGAGCUGGAGGGCCCAUUCGACCAGCUGCUGCUUGAACGGGAUCUCCAGCAACCGGUGAAUGUCAUAGUUGCUGACCCGUUCCUAGUUUGGGCUGUGAGGGUGGGGAACGGAAGGAACAUUCCGGUGGCUUCGUUUUGGCCUAUGUCGGCGUCGGUAUUUACGGUGUUCCAUCACUUUGAGCUACUCAAGCAAAACGGCCACUUCCCUGUUGAUGUGUUAGAGCGUGGAGAUGAGGUAAUAGACUACAUUCCAGGAAUUUCCACCACACGAAUAGCAGAUCUUCCAACAAUUCUCUAUGGAAACGAUCGCCAACUCCUGCAUAGAGCCAUGGAAACUAUUUCAAGCAUGUACAAAGCACAAUAUAUCUUAUCCACUUCAAUCUAUGAGCUUGAGUCCCAAGUGUUCGAUAACUUAAAAGCCAAACUUCCGAUACCUGUCUAUCCUAUUGGUCCAACCAUUCCAUACUUUCAGCUUUCAGAAAGCUCUUCCAUUCUUCACGAUGGCCUCAGUUAUUUGCAUUGGCUAGAUUCUCAACCUAAAACCUCAGUCUUGUACAUCUCCAUGGGAAGCUUCCUCUCGGUAUCACAAACCCAAAUGGACGAACUUGUUUUUGGGGUGAGGGACAGUGGUGUUAGGUUUUUGUGGGUGGCUCGUGGAGAUGCGUCUAGGUUGAAAGAAAGUGUUGGUGAUGUGGGUUUGGUGGUACCUUGGUGUGACCAAUUGAGGGUGUUCUGUCACGAUUCGAUUGGCGGGUUCUGGUCACAUUGUGGGUGGAGUUCCACUAUUGAAGCUGUUUAUGCUGGUCUUCCUGUUCUUACUUGCCCUAUAUUCUGGGACCAAGUCCCCAAUAGUAGGCAAAUUGUGGACGACUGGAAGAUUGGAUAUAGAGUGAAGAAGAAUGAGGGGGCUGAACAUCUUGUGACUAGAGAGGAAAUUGCACAACUUGUGAGGAGAUUUAUGGAUUUGGAAAGCAAUGAGGGAAAAAAGAUGAGGAAAAGAGCAAAACAACUUCAGAAGACUUGUCAAGAAGCAAUUGCUAAAGGUGGCUCAUCGGACACUAACCUUGAAGCUUUUAUCAAAGAUAUUUCCCAAGGGCAUCAUCAUUGAGUUCAUGAUUUGUAUUAUUGGGUGUGACAAUGUAAUUCUAUUGAAAGACCAUCGUUUGUUUGAAAACAAAUCAGGUUGAGUUUUAUGUAUUAAUUUUUAUUCUUCAUCAA